GGUCAUUAACAGUGGCUGCAUGUCUUACUAAUGUAAUAGGUAUAAGAGAUCACAGUCUUGAUUUUCCUGGACUUUGGAUAGAAAGGUUUUCUUAGGACCACAGCCUCAUUUUCUCUAACCCAGUUUUUCCACAGACACCAAGUUCUUCAAUCACAAAUGGAGAUUUUUCUGGGUUGACCAUGGUAGUUUGAGAUUACUUGCAUUUAUUGUUUGUUGGCUUGUCUUUUAGAAGGCUUUAUUUUCAAGUAAUCUCUACACCUAACGUGGGACUCGAACUCAAAACCCUGAGAUCAAGAAUCGCAUGCACUGCCACUUAGCCAGCCAGGAGUCCUGAAACUGCGUGCUUUUGAAAAGCUGACGCUCUUACGUGGAUUUUGUUAGUCCUCACUUUAGACCCGUGGAGGUGAUAUUAGCCCUUCCUUUUUUCUUUUUCUUUUUUAUUUUAUUUUAUUUAUUUAUGAUAGUCACACAGAAUGAGAGAGAGAGAGGCAGAGAGAGACACAGGGCAGAGGGAGAAGCAGGCUCCAUGCACCGGGAGCCCGACGUGGGAUUCGAUCCCGGGUCUCCGGGAUCGCGCCCUGGGCCAAGGGCAGGCGCCAAACCGCUGCGCCACCCAGGGAUCCCUAGCCCUUCCUUUACCAGCCCUCGCCCGCCAGAGCUCAGAGGGGUUACGGAAUUGGCCCGAGUCUUCACAGCUAACCAUGUAAAUGAUAAGACCAGGGCUGCAACUGAUCACUGCUUUGUCAGACACUGCUGGAGGUGUGGGCCUUUAAGAAGUUUAGAGUCCCAAGGAAUGAGACAGACAGUUAACAGACAAUUAAACACAAAGGCUGUGAACUGGCAGCCUGCAAGCUAGAUUUGGCUAACAGAUGUGUUUUGUUUCGUCUCCCCCAGCAUACAACAUUUCCCCGGCUCGUUAAGGUUCUGUGUACGUACAGUUCACCAAUGUUAAGUGUAUAGUUUGUUCAAUUUUUUUUAAACACUUGUGUAACCACUACCACCAUCAAGAUAUAGAACAUUUUCCUUAAGUUAAAAAAGUUCACUUGUGUCCUUGUGUACUCAGUCCCUUACCCUGCCCCAGAAAUAUUUAAAAAUUAAGAUAUUUUGCAUAAAAAAAGCUGGAUUAAAAAAUUGCACACCCUGGCAACAGUGGUCUCUGCAUUCCCGAAGGGCGACAGCCAGUCAUUAGCUUGCUGCUUUUCUUGUUUGUUUGCAGCUCUCCAUAGUUGCUCAUGUUGAGUGCGGCAACAAGUGUGUACCAAGUGCCUUAGGGGAAAUAGAGGACUGUGGGAUUAACCCUGCAGAAAGCUGCUCAGAGCAGCUGGCCUAGAAAGAUGAAUGAGUUCAUCGGGAGAGCAGAUCCUGACAGCUUCUUUCGUGUCAUACCCCAUGCUCAGGACCCUUAGCCUGCAGCUCCACUCAGCCGUCACCGGCAGCUAUGUCUCCGGCACUUAUUCCGUCGUCUUUGUGAACUGUCCCAACGAGCAAAUUGCCAGAGAGAUUGCCAGGGUGAAAAUCCUGAAUGUGGAGUCAGGAGACCUGGAUUCUAGUGUCCUCUCUGGUGGCAACUCCACCCGUGACCUUCUCUGGGCUUCGAUCUCCUGUAUGUCGAGGAAAGUGGAUCACAGCGGGGCUAUCUUGGAUAAGAAGCUGGCUGCCUCUGUGAACAUCCUGCCCAAGGCAUCCUCGCUGUACUUCUGGAAUGGAGAAAUCGAAGAAGCCACUGAGAUCCUGUUGCUAAUAAAGACAAAGACUUCCAAGGUCCACGUGCUGUCCGGCUAUAUCAGGUUGGUGCAUCCUUUUGAAAUCCCAGAGGUCUUCAGUCUUCCCGUGGACCAAGGAGAUGUCCGCUAUUUCAAGUGGCUGGAGGAGGGCAUGGAGGAGGACUGAGGGGGGGGCUUUCGUGUCUCCUGACGGCUGCCACCCGCCUGCAGCGCUGCACUCUGGGGACGGGGAGCCUCUCUCUGUUUCCAGGCACCUCUGGAUUCUGUGUCUUUGUCAGCGUGGAAGCGCUAAGGAACUUGAGAGGCCGAAGGUCUGAGCCCUGAGGCUGGAAGAGGAGGCGGGUUGGUCGCUGAGCAAGAACCCGGUGGAACUUGGCUCUUCUUCAUGCCUCAGGGUGGCCAGGGGGUGGGAAGGCGAGGACGGUUAUGUGGGGAGGCCACGGGGAGGUGGCAGUGAGGGUGACUUUGUCCUCGGCUCCUUCAGUCACUGCGCCUACAGGGCCCAGGAUCUACUCUCCUGCUUCUCGGGAGGAGGAAUGGACUGGUGAGCUACACCCGAGGCGUAGGACGAGGGUCGCCUUCUAGGGGGCUGGCAGGCACUCCGUCCAAGAGGAUGAAUUGCUAAUGGUAGAGUCUCAGGGACGAGCAGGGUUAUUCCUUGAAACUGAGGAUGGAACUUGUUUUUCCUGAGUCUGAGGAGGUGGGAGGGGGCUUCGUGAAUGUGGGUAGGUCCGGGGGCAUAGUAGGUAGUAGACACAGCCUCGUGGCUGGGAAGUAGGUCCAGACGCUCCCCUAGCCUGGCCGCGACAGGUAUUGGGAGGCUCAGGGGCCCCGCUCAUUGGAGACCUAGGCCCUGAGCCCGUGCUCUAACCUUGUCGCCUGAGCAUUGACGCUGAGCAUCCUUAAGUGGAAAGGCCCCUAGGGAACUGCCAGGCCAGUAUUUCCAGACUUGUUCUCCUGGGCCUUAGAGGUUGACAGAAGGCACCCUGGGUGCUUCCUGGGUGGGGCUCAGGGUGUGAGGCCCCCACCCGUACCUCAGCCAGUAUAACUGCCUUUUAUUAUUAUUUAUUAAGCUUCCUUGUAAGAUUUGGGUUUUGAGGGGUUUUGUUUUCCGUAAGUUUUCUCUGUCAUAACAAAAGCUAGUAAACCAGUAGUCGAAGCUGCUCUCCAUUUUAUAGAUGACCGAAGGAGACAACGGCAGUGAGGCCCAGCCAGGGGUGGCGUGUCAGGGAUGGUAAAGCCAAGCCUGCUCGCCCCGUGCGUGCUGCUCCUGCACCUGCUCCCCGGGUCUCAGGCGGAGGAGGGCAGCGAAGCAGAGCCCUUCGGGGUGAGAGGCCUGGAGCUGGGCCCCCUCCAUGAACCGUCCCAAGGUAACCCCGCUCUGGGGAGACCCGUGGGCGGCUUGGGUGGGGGCCCACAGACCUCUGGAUUCCUGGGUCUCCCUAGAAGGAAGGGUAUAGUACGUGGGGGGGCUUCCAGGCUCUGGUUCCGACACGGACUGUCCUUAACCCUUGGUUCCUCCAGAGAUACGAGGGAGGCUCUCCCAGGCCCUGGUGUGAGCCCUGCUGGGGACUUAAGGCCGAGGCGCUUCAGAGGUCCAGGAGAGCCUUUUGUAGUAGCCAGGGGGACUCCGGGGGGCUGCCUCAGCAGAGGGACAGAGAAUGGAAAUGGCAGUGUCCCUUUUUUUUUUUUUUUUUGCAAGUUUCUGAUACACCGGGAAAUUGUGUAUGAAGCCAUCCCGCUGAAUCCCAAAGCCAUGCUUUGGGGACCCCAGAGGGACGGCCCCUGUUGCUCUCAGGUUAGAGCCCGGUUCCUUGGCCUGGCCUUCAAGGCCCUUCAGAGCCUUGCCUGACCUCACUUUUCCAUCUUCACCUUCCGCCUCUCCUUGCCCACCGUGCCAGGGAGAUGGCCCCAGGGUGCGAGGUGAAGUGUUGCUGUGUCGGGGCGCCCCGUCAGCCUAGAGCACCCUGCUGCGCGAGCCCUUGAAGUCUGGCCGCUCCUUCGGAGGCCGGCUCCCCCGGCAGGGAGGAAGCUCUCCGGCCUCAGGGUCCCCGCUAUCCCUGUGUCCUGGGCAGCCUCCUGUUUUAGACCUUGAGCUGCCUGAGGUCAAGGCCGUGUCUGAACCUGUUUGAUCUCUUGCAUAGGGUUGGCGACUAUUUCCAAAGUUGAGGUUUCAAGGAUUUGAAUAAAGCUUUCUCUGUAGCCCACGGUUACUAAUUUAUGGAAUUGACGAAAUCCAGCCUUUUUCCUUUGAACUUUCUUUAAGUGGGAUUAGUUCCAAAGGAGGUCUUCUCCCUAUCUCUGGCCUUCAUCGGGGCACCUGUGCUGCCUGCGCAUGGAAGGCUGUUUCCUGGGGGACUCCGGCUGCCUUGGGCACAGCUGGCUGCAGGACAUGGACAGGAGAAGACAGACACCGGCUCCCUGCCUCUGCUCUCCUCGGGUCUCCACGAUAUUUUAUCCUCUCUCUUUUUUUUUUAAUUCUAUUUAUUUAUCCAUGAGGGACACAGAGAGAGAGAGAGAGAGAGGCAGAGACACAGGCAGAGGGAGAAGCAGGCUCCUUGCAGGGGGCCCGAUGCGGGACUCGAUCCCAGGACCCGGGGGUCGCUCAACCGCUGAGCCCCCCGGGCUGCCGUAUUUUAUCCUUCUAACUCCAUGUUCUCCUCGGCUGGCAGCUAGCUCCUGAGAUCAGAGCGCGUGACACUUAGGUGGCAGGAGGCUGUGAACUCCCGUGUCCGAUUCUAGAGCUGAUGCUCUUACUGCCUCCUUCAGAGAAGUGGGACAUGUCCCUUCACAGGCCAGAUGCCCAGGGAGCCUGCUGUAGGCAACUCUAGGAGAAGGGUUGUAGUUACUCUGCAGUUCUGGGGGCUGGUGACAGGAUCCUCCUCCUGCACACGAGGGAACAGAUCUAGAGGAGUUGCCUAGAUUUUGCACGUGUGCAUGACUCCCAGCCUACCUCCCCUAGACCCUGUCCCCACGAGUGGUGCUGUGGGGCUGGGCUAGGGCCUGGACUAGCGGCUCCACGCAGGCGUGGCUUCCCAGCGUUUCUCAGGAAAGGUCUGUCUUUUGAAUCCACAAUCCCCAGAUAAAUCACUUGAGGAAAUGAGAAAAAUAAUAAAUUCUCUGUGAAUACUAAAGCUUAGGAGGGUACAGAUGUUAACUGGUUUGAGGGAAUCCAUCUUUAUGAGAUAAAACAAGAGCGAGAAACCCCACCACGCGGAGUUGAGGGUGAAGGAACCGGCCGGAGCGUGCAGGAGGGAAAGGAUUGCCGUAGACUCAGCCUUGCUUGCGGCCGCUGCCGUGCCCCAGGUGCCCCAGGUGUGCGUCUAGCAUUGUCUGCUACAAACUGAGCUAUUUUUGCAGAUCAGUUUAUAUACACAGUUUACUUUAUACAAGUCCUGUGAGCUUUGUUUGAAGAGAUAAGCUUUGGAAACAAAAUAAAUUUUAAUUUAGCAAUUUUGA